AUGGGUGUUCUAGGUUAUUUUUCUCCCAUUUCCAGAAGUCUUUCGAAGUGCGUGUUAUUCAGUGGUGUAAAGGGAUAUACCCUCUACACUUUGGUUCAGAGAGUUUGGGAGGGAGAUCCAAAGUGGGUCAAGUCAGUCAGCUUUGGUGACGAGGCUGACGGAGUGGAGAUGUUUAGGUUAAGAUAUUUGGAGUUUGAGAAGAGUAGAAGUCUCAAAACUCUUUUUGGCUACGUAGAGGAACACCAGAUCUAG